CCGACUCGCUCGGCUCCGCGCCCCGCCGCGCCCCGCCGCGCCCCGCCGCCCCAUGGGCCGCCGCCGCCGGGGGGCGGGGUGGAUCGUGCCGCCGCAGUGAGCCCGGCCGGCGGAGCGCGGGGGGCGGCCGAGCCCCCGCGCCGCGGGCACCAUGGACAGUAUCCUGGAGCCCUUCCCCGCCGAGCGGCUCUUCCCCGCCGCCGGCAGCGGCUUCCUCGACCUCGGCGACUUCAGCGAGGCGGACUUCCUCAGCAACGUGCAUUUCUCAGAGAACCUGGAUCACUUCUCUGACAACAUGGAGGAUUUCUCCAAUGACCUCUUCAGCAGUUUCUUUGAUGACCCAGUACUGGCUGAGAAGAACCCACUGCUGGACAUGGACCUGGAUCCACCCACUCCAGGCAUCCAGGCAGAGCACAGUUACUCCCUCAGUGGAGACUCUGCUCCUCAGAGCCCCCUUGUGCCUGUCAAGGCUGAAGAUAAUGCUAAUGAGCUGGAGAAUGGAGUGUGGUCGCUGGGGCCCAAGCUCUGCUCCAUCAUGGUGAAACAGGAACAGAACCUGGCUCUAGACCUGCCUGAGUCCCAGCUAGCUGCCAGCUCCAUACCAGUACUGAACCUCAACCCUCUGCAGAGACUGCCAGUCCCCGAGGAGACUCCCAUAGAAAUGACUCCAGCACCUGUGAUCAAAGCUGAACCCAAGGAGGUGAACCAGUUUCUAAAUGUACCUGCAGUAGAUGACCUGGUGCAGAUGCCUCCAACUCCACCCAGCAGCCACGGCAGUGACAGCGAUGGAUCCCAGAGCCCCCGGUCCCUGCCUCCCUCCAGCCCAGCCCGACCUGCUGCUCGCUCUUCUGCUGCCAUCUCCUCCUCACCUCUCCUCACAGCACCACACAAGUUACAAGGGACCUCUGGCCCACUGCUCUUGACUGAAGAGGAGAAACGCACCUUGAUUGCUGAGGGCUACCCCAUUCCUACCAAGCUCCCCCUCACCAAAGCAGAGGAGAAAGCACUGAAGAGGGUCAGGAGGAAAAUCAAGAACAAGAUCUCUGCUCAGGAGAGUCGCCGGAAGAAGAAAGAGUACGUGGAGUGUCUAGAGAAAAAAGUUGAGACGUACACAACAGAAAACAAUGAACUCUGGAAAAAAGUGGAGACCUUAGAGAAUGCAAACAGGACUCUGCUCCAGCAGUUACAGAAGCUGCAGGCUCUAGUAGCUGGGAAAGUCUCCCGACCUUACAAAAUGGCUUCCACACAGACUGGGACGUGCCUAAUGGUCCUGGCACUCUGUUUUGUUCUGAUCCUGGGAUCCCUGAUGCCCUGUCUCCCUGAGUUCUCUUCAGCAUCGCAAACAGUGAAAGCAACACCAGCACCAGACAUUUACACAACUAGUAAGAUUCAGUCACGGAGCCUCCUUUUCUAUGAUGAGGGUGCUGGCUCCUUAGAAGAGAGUUAUAGCUCCUUCCUAACCAUGGACCAUCCCGAGGGGUGGGAAGCUGAAAAAGGGCAGUCUGAGGACGGAGGGCCUCAUCUAGCCAGGACACAUGAGACGGCCAAAUAUCUGAGCAAAUCCCAGCUGGAGGGUUCUGACCAGAACCAAACUGACCCAACACUCACCCACCUCAAAGAGCAAUUCCAUGAGAGGGAGACAAGUUCCAGUGAGACAGCUGAAUACUUGUAGCGGCUGCUGGACCUCAAGGCCUCAUCUUUCUGAUUGCAGCAUUCCCUCCUCACUGAGCAACUGAGGAGACUUGGUGGGAGAGGACACUGCAUUCAGACACUCUUAACUGGCCUUGGGUUCAGCUCUUCCCCUUCCCCAUGUACGCCCCUGCCCCCUUAGUACUGAUCUCUCUGGGGAGUCUCAGGACUGCCAGAACCAGCAAAAAAUGUCUGGCGAAGCCUGAGAUGCCCUCUUCUGGCCUUACCUCCUGCUUACAUGAGCACACCCUAUGGGUGUGGGCUCACCUUGGAGUGGAGGGAGAUAUGGGGAAGCCCUCAAACUAUUCAGGUCUCUUCCCAAAGCCUCCAGACCAAGGGGGCUGUCCCAGGCAUGUACCCCUUGGCUACAUCAGAUGCACCUGAAGGAGAGAGUGUGCUGGAUUUACUGUCCUGCCAGGGCGGCUUAGGAGUGGGUGAUGCUGGUGCUGGAGAGAUGGCUCUGGAGAGUUUGAGCUCAUUCCUUCCCCUCCAUCUGUUACUAUGUUUCUGCUUCCAUUGAGAGAAAACCUAGUUCUUCUUUGCUCUGGUUUUCUCUUUAUGGACAUGCCUAUAUAACUUCCACGCCAACUAUCUGCAAAGAUCUGCACACAAACGGAGUGGGGGAGACAGAUCCCAGACAGAUAAACCACCAUAAAAAUUAGCCAGCAGCUUCUGGGCAACCAGAGCUCUGAAACAGAGUGCAGUUUUCCCCCACAACCCAGUUCUUCCCAUCCUCUGCACCCCUGCUUUGACAGGGGUGGUAUUUCCCUUUCUAUUCCUAGCUUGGGCCCUACAGUGCGGUGCUAACCAGGCCAGUGGCCUUCUCACUCCAUUCUGCAGGCCUCCUCCUUUGAGAGUGGGUGUGAAAAACCUGCUUCCAUAGCCUGAUCCCCAUCCCAGCUCUUCAUCCCCAAUUCUGCUUCAUGCCAAAUGAUGUCUUUUUUAGGAACUGCCAAGGAGAGCUCUGCAGCCCAUCAGAUAGGCAUCAUUCCCCUCACAUACUCCAUGUGCACAGCAGUGUUGUGAAAGACACUGAGGACAUACUUGUCAUCUCUGGUGACAGGUACAUCUGUCAGGAAAGACUUGGCAUGUUGGAAUUGGCCAGGGUCACCAAAGACUGUUUUAGACCUCUUCCUUCAAGUCUUAGCACCAAAAGUAGCAAACUCAUGCCAUACCACACCCUUCAGGCCAGCCCUGCCAAUUUUGGUGCUGAAAUGAACUCACCUCAAGCCUAUGUCAUACUCUUCAGCACCCAGACACCCAUUUCUGACCCUUCUUCCUCCCUGACAAAAGCCCUGCUGAAAGGCUCAAGUGUCUGCUCACUCCAUUCCCUCAGCUGCCAUUUGAUGGAAGAACAAUGUGGGACAUGAGUAUUGGAGAUCUGGGAUCCUGUGCACUCUGCCAGGUCUCACAGCAGGCACCUCUUUGGCUUAUUUCUCUCCAAGCACCCGGGACUCACUCUGCACUGCCCCAGCAGCCCCUCCUCUCCCUCCAGGCUGGGAGUGGAGAGGGCUCUCCAGAGAGGAAGGAUGGGACGGCUUUUGCUCAAGGACUGGGAGAAGUGAGGAAAGGGCCCUCACAUCCCUCUUUUCUCCCUUUUAAAAACUUUUUUUGCCCCGUGAAGCCAUUUAGGAAAAAUUUGGACACAGCUAGCUGCAACCAACGUGCAUGGCCAGUGGGAUGAGGAAGAGGAAAGCCUUCAGCAUAGCUCUGCUUUUCUCGAGGUUCACACAGGACCCACUGGCCACCAGAUACCACUGCCUUCCCUGUCUUCCACCCCAGCACAAAGAACCACUGCCGGGUCCAAGCACACCCUCCUCCAUCCCAACACUUCCACUGAGCAUGUCCCAGUGCCUCCCACUCCCACCGUUGUACAGAGACCAAGAGCAGAACUCGUUUGUACAUAAUGAACCUUAUUUUGUAUUAUUGCCAAUCCCUUAAGAUAUUGUAUUUUGGAGACUCUCAGAUCCUAUUUUCAGUAUUGUAUUUUAUUAAGAAUUAAUGCGGGCUUGGCAUCUAUGAACUUCUUUCUUGUUAGCAGCUCACUUUCCCCUUAUACUCCAGCAGCUGCCUCUUCCCUCCUGUUUGUUUUUUGUUUGGGUUUUGUUGGGUUUUUUGCUUUUUCAAGCCACCUUUCCCCCUCCUCCUAUCACUUGCUCUGCAUUUGCUUAGUGAAGCAAAAUAAAAACAAAAUAAAAAGAUGCAGCAUCA